AUGAGGCAGGUCGGCUCGGUACUAUGGCCGAAACUACGAGUCUUGCAGGUCUAUGGAGCGAAUACUGGUAUUGGGAAGACCAUCUUCUCGUCGAUUCUUUGUCGAGCUUUUCGAAGAAGAUUUAAGAAGGUGCAUUAUUUGAAGCCGGUGUCUACUGGACCACAGGAGGAAGCUGAUGAUCGAGCACAGCCGUGUAGCGACCGUGAUAUACAAGCAGCGGUCUACGACGAGCUGAGGUCAUACAGUACCGGCGAGGAUAGCGUCGCGAUCGUGGAGACUGCUGGCGGUGUACUUUCCCCUGCACCAAGUGGCAACUCACAAGCAGAUCUAUAUCGACCGCUUCGAUUACCUGUAUUCCUGGUUGGAGACCAUCAACUAGGCGGGAUAGGAACCACAAUCUCUGCGUGGGAGUCGUUACACAUUCGGGGCUACGAUGUACAGUCCGUUGCGUUGUUCUCGGAGGGACGAUACGACAACCACAGCUACCUGAAAGAGUACUUCGCCGACCGCCACGUCCAUGCUUUCUCGAUACCGCCGCCACCUGAAAGACGACCGGAUGCGAGUGACGAUGCUCGAGCUAUGCAGCAGUACUACGAGGCGUCCGAGUCGUUACAAGACGUGACAGCUUUCACCAAUACCUUCAUCGACGCCCACGACAAACGCAUCUCGAAUAUCCAAUCAAUGCCCGCCGAAGCUGUGGAAGCCAUAUGGCAUCCCUUCAUGCAACACAGCGAGCGCUCCGCCAACACCAUUACUGCCAUCGACUCAGCAUAUGGCGACUACUUCCAGACUCACACCACCCAGCAGAAUCCCUCGACAACAUCCGAACCCGCAGUCCUGAAGCCAGCCUUCGACGCAUCAGCAUCAUGGUGGACACAAGGUCUAGGCCACGGCAAUCCAGAUCUGGCUUUGACAGCCGCUCAUGCCGCCGGAAGGUACGGCCAUGUCAUGUUUGCCUCCGCCGUGCACGAACCUGCUUUGCGUCUUGCCCAGACACUUCUAAUCUCAAUGGGCAAUGCUCGCCUAAGCAAAGUCUUCUACACAGACAAUGGAAGCGCAGGCAUGGAAGUGGCAGUGAAGAUGGGGAUUCGUGCUGCGGCGACACGGUACGGCUGGGAUGCGCAGAAGGACGACAUCAAGAUCUUAGGAUUGAAGAACAGCUAUCAUGGCGACACGAUCGGGACCAUGGACGCUAGUGAGCCGAGUAUCUAUAAUAAGAAAGAACCGUGGUAUACUGGACGAGGCCACUGGAUGGAUUUCCCCACUGUGAAGAUGAGCAAGGGUGAGUGGAUUAUCGAACCGGUAAUUGCCGAUGAGGGAGAGGUGAAGACUUUCGAAAGUCUAGAUGCUGUUUUCGACAUCUCAAGCAGGCAGACGGACGCCAAGGCAUACAGAACUCAUCUGGACCAUGAUCUGGCCGAGCUGCACCAGAAGGGUGUCAAGUUCGGAGCUCUAAUACUCGAGCCCAUCAUCCUAGGCGCAGGUGGCAUGCUCUUCGCCGACCCACUGUACCAACGCUGCCUUGUUGAAGCCGCCCGUGCUUAUGAUCAUAAUCCAAGCAGCAACAACGACCCUCUAGCCUGGACAGGAAUGCCAGUCGUCUUCGACGAAAUCUUCACUGGUCUCUACCGCCUUGGCCGGUUCAGCGCUGCAUCCUUCCUGGAUGUCCAACCAGAUAUUGUGGCCAACGCCAAGCUGCUGACGGGUGGAGUGCUGCCACUAUGCACCACAACUGCCAGCCAAAGCAUCUUCGAGGCUUUCUUGAGUAAUGACAAGACUGAUGCUCUGCUGCAUGGCCACAGCUAUACGGCGCAUCCGAUUGGCUGCUCGGUUGCUAACAAGAGUCUUGAGGUUAUGGCGAAGCUGCAAGAUAGUGCUGACUGGAAAGGCUUUAAGGGGCAGUGGCAGGGAAAUGAGCAGCUCUCCACCUCCGCCAAGUCCAAGCAAGAUGAGGGUGUCUGGAGCAUGUGGUCGGAGGCUUUCGUCAAAGCCGUCUCACACAGAUCGCAAGUCGACUCCGUCUUCGCCAUCGGCUCUGUCCUCGCCAUCUCACUCAAAGACGCCGAUGGUCAGGGCUAUGCUUCGAAGGCGGCAUGGAGUCUCCGAGACAAGCUAUUAGCCGGCAGUCCAGGCGAGGAUUGGGUCGUGCAUUCCCGGGUCCUGGGUAAUGUGUGGUAUGCCAUGGGAGCCAUGACCACGAGUCGAGAGACCAUCCAGGCACUGGAGGAGAGGAUCUACAACGCGAUAGAGUAG